AUGACUGAUAAUAUUGAAAAGCAAUUGGCAGAUGCAACACAAAGUCCUUAUUUAUUUAUGAAAGAAGAUGAUUUAGCUAUGACCAAACGAUAUUAUAAAAUGUUAAAGAGAGAAGCAUUGCAAUUACAAGAUAUACCUGCAAGUACGAUAAGUCAACUUUGUGGCUAUUCAUAUAGCAAUUUAGGUAUUUAUGAGAAAGCGAUUGAAUUCUACAAUAAACUGUUGUUGGAUAAGAACUUUACUGACAGGCCAAAAUUUAUUAUUAUUAAUAUUAUGAUUGGUUACCAUUAUUUUCAUCUUUUACAAUAUGAUAAUGCGUUUCUUUACUGUGGUAUUGCAUUAUAAUUAUUAGAUGAUCACGAUUUAUUAACAAGCAAAAUUUACAAAAAAAUUCGUGAUAUCUGGUCGAGAAUGGAGGGUGUGGGUGUGGGUGUGAGUAUGGGCGUAGAGCGAAAGAAAAGCCACACCCACACCCACACCCACACCUACACCUACACCCACAUCCACACCCACACCCCACCAACACCCACACCCACAUCCACACCCUCAAGUUGGCAGCCCUGCUAUUAUAUCAAGUAUUAUUGUGUUCCUAUAUGCUAGAACUUCAAUUCACCUUUCAUUGUUGCACAGGUAACUUAAAAACAGCAUAAUUUUCUAUAUUACGCUUGAAAUUAUUCUAGGAAGGAUUGGGUUUUUUAUAAAUAACCGAGCAUAAUGCUCUAUCAAUUCUUAAGCUAAUCAAAUUGUAUAAAUCAAUAAAAAAUUAUCCGUAUCUUCGAAAAUUCGGGAGACUUCCAUCUUUAAUAUCUGUUCAUCUAAACACGACGUAAUACGCACCUUACAAAUCAAACAGUUGAAAUACAGCAGUGUGAAAAUAGUUUUUCUCCUUACCUAUUCACUAUUUUCGCAAAAGGAAAACUUCUCUUUUUUUUCUUUUAUUGAGACAUGACUUAAGAGACAAUUUUAUCCAAGUAUUAAAGAAAUCAAUAACGAAAUAAUUGAUAAUAUUUGUAGAAAAAACUAUCUGAUUAGAAAUUGUCAAUAACUAAAUGUGGUUGUUAUCAGAUUUAUUUGUUAAUUAAAACCACAUUGCAAGUCCACAACUAUCAUCUUCAAUUGAAUAAUAAGGUGGUUUGUCAAAAGACAACUGAAGUAUAUCAUGACAUAACUGUUUAAUAAAUUUUCUAUGAUCUUUAAAUAUAGUUUCGUAUUCACUACCAUCGGAUGUGUCAAAUUUAUAUCGAAAGUAAAAGCCAAAAUCGCUGAACAAUGGUGAUACGUUUGCGAUUAUUUCACAAUUUCUAUUAUCGACG